AAGGUUAUCAGGCUCCACCUCGCUUGGGGGCGCUGCGAGCUGUUUGCUCCUCGGCGAAACGAGAGGGGAACCCCGCGGUUGUGCGACCGCCUCGCGGCCAACGGCUCCUCCUCCUCUGCGAGACUUUUGCGCUUGCUUCCCACCCAGAGGGUGCAACUCCUCCUCCGCCGGCUGAGCCGCGGCCGCCCUUUCCUUUCGCCUUCUGUUGCAGGAGCGGCGUUCUCUUCCUUCGUGGCCAUGGCCAGCAGCGAGGUGUACUGCGAGACCACCGUCCCCGCCGAGCAGCCGGCGGCCAAGGGGCUCACCCUGGGUGGCUGCACUGCCCAGCACUUGGGCCACCGGCGCUUGUUGCUCAAGGGUUUGCAACUGGUGCUGUCUUUCCUCGCCUUUGUGCUCGAAGAAGUUGUGAGUGAGUGCACCAUGUGUGGGGGUCUCUACUUUUUUGAAUUUGUCAGCUGCUGUGCUUUCCUCUUGAGUAUCCUGAUCCUUGUUUUAUAUUGCACUCCUCUCCAUGACAAGAUUGGGCAGAGCAAAAUAGAGCAACUGGAUUUAGGCAUCAUUUCAGUAGUGGCAUUCUUCUUAAUAAUAGCUUCGAUUGUGUUUUCUGCAACCAGUGACAAGACAUCACUUGAAAAUGCUGCUGUUGUACACAACUGAACUGUGAUCUCCCCCACUCCUUUUGAUACACUGGUUUCACGCAAGUGCACUCGUUCAACUUUGUAUGCACUACCAUAAAGAGAAUGCAGAAGGUUGCAAAGGAAGGAAGAUUUUAGAUGAGAUUUUUAAGUAAAUAAGCCUUGCUUUUGCCAAAAUAAAUGCAGGGAAUAGAUGCACCAGUGAGAAAGUGGCCAGGUGGUGGGGUUCAAAUUCAGAAUACAUUUUGUUUAAUAAAUGUGAGAGCAACAGUAAUGAAGGACGGAUGGGACAGUGGCCGAAAGGAAAGGGAUUUUGCAAGGCUUCUGUGCAGACUAACCACAAGAGAGCUUUUCUUUACAUGUUUUUAUACAUGAAAUAGCAGGAAGUGGAGAAAAGCGCAGUUACACACCCAGAGAUGCGGUGUGGCCUGUGCAACAUCCUUACACAUACGAAAACAGGCUGGUUUGGAUAUGUCAUGAAUUCCUUGCCUAGGGGAACUUCAUUUUUCCCUCUUCUAUCACAUCAGCCUUCUCUCUGACUACAAACUUAAAUAAACACUGAGGGUUUUCAAUGAUGGCAUUUUUAUCAAUAAGGAUUUUAUAAUACUAGUUGGACUUGCAACAAAAUGUUGCCAUGAGGUGGCUGUCUGUUCAAGAUUUCAGGCACUCCAUCCUCUUCCCCACUGGUUUUAGGCUGCCUCAUUUCUCCCUCCGGAUGUCUUUCUUAAAUAAUGUCUUUCUUCUGAAAACCUUAGUAUUCCCAAGGCACCGAAUACUGACUUCUUGUGCAUAAAUGUUGCUGCUUUAUGUAAGGAGAACUGGAGCACUGAGGUCACUCUUUGUGCAUGAGAUUCUUCAGCAGGGUGGAUUAAAAACAGUGAUUAAAAAAAAAUCAGAUUUUUACAAUUUAAAUUGUUUUAUUAAUAAAUGCUUUUUGAGGAAAUCUAUCUAAACAUAGUUUUCUAUUUAAGAUGCAUUAUAUUCCAAUGGUUAUUCAUCAUGAAAUAAGGAUUCAUUUUUAAUUACAUAGCAUGAGACUGUAUAUUCAUGCAAUGUUUAAAUGUUUUGGUAAAUGAAUUCCAUUAAUCUGUUCACAAACUCAUGCUCUUCCAGUGGUUCCUGUAAGGUUAUUGGACAGUUUUUCUGACUAGAAGAUAUUAUCACAGAUGCUUAGUUUUACAGCUCCCAGAACUGUUAAUUUGUUUCUGCAGAAAUCACAUGCCUCUUCUUCACGGUAAAAAUGUUAUAAAAUAAACAUACAGAGUUGAGAAAAAGACCUUAAUCCCAUUGUUCCUUUGUAGAUCUAUGUACACAGAAUUAACCCCUUACCUCUUAAGUGCUAAGGUUCAAAAAAAUCAAUGAUUAGAAGAUUGUUGGGAGUGGAAUAGAUCUGCACAAGAAGCUACGUGUAAGGAGGGGGUGAAACCCUUUGAGCAGAAUACUCCAUAAGUCUUUGGAUCUUUUUGUAUAUAGCCUGAGCUUUCUCAUACUAUCCUUUCACUGGAGGAGAAAACCUAUAAUGGUAGCAGGUCAUAAAAGAGGCCCAGUUUGGGAAUAUAUUAAUGGAGUUCCUAAUCCUAUGAGUAAGGCAGGCAGGCUUGCAAAUUAUGCAAAAAAACAACAACCACCACCACCAUGAUUGAACUCUAGCCUUACUUACUAGUGAUCUAUUCAAUAUAAAUCAAAUCCACCCUGCUCUUUAGGAUGAUGGUAAUGGAUGAUGUCUACAUUUUCUGCAUUACCAUUUUGUAAAAUAGGAAGCUAUUUUUGUCUAAGCUGAAAAUUAUGUACAAUAAGCAGAAGCUGCAUUUGCCAUAUUUUAGGACUCCAGAAAGGUUUUAAGAAAUAGAAAAACCAGCUUGCAAGGAAACAGGCAAGAGAGAAAAAAUCCAUUCAAAAUGAAGCCACUUUAAAACUAAUUACUGUCCAGAAAUAUAAAAGGAGAUGCUAGUAAUAUAAAAAGAAUCAGUAAAGUAUAGAACGCAAUCUUCAUUUCUUCCCUGAAAUCUCACUCAUAAUAUGUUUAGAAUGAUGAUUCUCUUACGGUAUUUUUCUUGUGCAUUUGGAUUAUGAGUAAAUAAUGAUCUUUGAUUGUAGCAUUUUGCUCAUAGGAAUUUGAAGUCAAGUCCAAAUGUGUGCUGUUUGUUAUAGUAAGUAAACUUGUGGUUGCUUUAGCCCCUUGACCCAGCAGCUGACAGUGCUGUUGAUGAGUACAGGGAAGUGAAGUCAAGUAUUUAUAUUCAUGCAGUCAAAAAAAACAUGUAACUUCAGGUGGACCACUGCAGAGACCCCAGUCUUCUGGGUAGUUGUGGGCACUCUCACAAAAUGGCAGCUAUGGAGGUUUGUCCAUUCAUAAAAUAGAGGGCAUGGCCAAGCACAAAAGCUCACGUUGCAGAAGACAAAUGAGUGGGACCUAAACAAAAGUGACUUUCUUAAGAACCAAGCACAAAACGGAGUGCCAAUACACAAAACUGCUUGUUUGAAUCCAAAUAAAGAGGACACAGGAAAACAGAACUUUGCUUUGCUGCAUUCUAGUCCUGGUGUUGAAAACAAAUACUUCAUUUCCAACAGUCUUAAGAAAUACAGAUAAAACUAGGAUGGGGAAAGAGUCUGGGGGGUGCCAAGAGAGGUGUCCCUGGGCACCAGGUUGAAGACCCUGGCCAUAUAGCAAUAGGAAUGCAUUAAAAUGUGAUGGGGUAUUGUGAGGCGGUUUGAUUUUUGCAGGUGUAGCAACCAGCCUGUAUGCAACAGGCAGUUAGGCAAAGCAAAACAGCUGUUGUUGGACUUCCAUGACAUAUCCCUUGCGGUGUGAGAUGCCCACACAGCUUUCUCCAGAUUUACCUGGAUGAGUCUACAUAUUUUGACAACAGCCUAAGGCAGCAUUAAAAUGGUGGGGAGGGGCAUACAGCUUCUGUCCAGGACUAUUCUGCGUAGAACACAGUAAAGUAAUUGUGGUAUAUUUAUGGAAUUUUGGAUAGAAUAAGGAGGCUGUCUCACAGCUUGCUGUGCCUUUUAGGACUGCAACUCGGGUAAUUUAAGUGUAGAUUCUACCACUGAUUCACUGAAAUUAUUCUUUGGCAGUUAGUUUCAGGCAACUGGGCCUCCUCCCUGCCAAGAGUUUGACAGGUGCUUUCCCAUUUUCUUUCUUGGGCCUGGGUUGCCAGAGUUACCUUGAAAGCAGUGAUGCAAGAAUGUGGUCCCUCUGGCGUUGUUUCAGGUCUGUUAGCUUACAGAAACUUGAUACUCUUCCUGAAGGUUCUGGAAAUUAGCUAGGAGAGGGAUUGCUUCCACUGAGCAGCCUUCUCCAACCUCGUGCCUUCCAAAUGUUUGAGACCUCAUCUCUGAUCAGCCCCAGCCAAAAUGACCAAGAAUCCUGGAAGUUGUGGUCCAACUCAUACAAAGAGUACCAGGUAGGAGAAUGCUGUUGUUGAGCAUAGAAAGUGAGAAGCUGAAGGUCGCAGUCCUAUGCAUGGAGUAAGCUCCUUUGACCACCACCUGAGAUCUGAGAAAAUUACAUAGGACUGUUGAAAAGGUUCAGUCUACUGUCAGAGUAAGUUUCUGUUAAACCAGCCCUUCUGCCUUCUACUUUCCCUAGCUUGAUUGUCUUCUCCUGGGAGUUUUGCCUUCUCAUGAUAGCAAGCAUGGCAGCCUCAGUUUUGUCAUUUUUGCUUCUAGGGAAAGUUCUGUUUUGAUUUGCCCAGGUUUAAUUUGGUCAAGUUACACUCACAGAAAAGGUGUAUUGGUAUUAGCCAAGCCAACAACUUCAUUUGUUUUCCAUACAGAAUAAAGACACCCUCCAAGAAACCCACAAGGAAUCCUUUUGUAAAGUGGAAGCAAGGUUUUUGGUUUUUGCUUCCUGUCAAGUUACAAGUGUUUUAACAUAUUAUGUAUGGACAGAUAGUCUUUUUGGGCAGGGGUGCAGGCAGGCUAUUUAUUUAUAGAGUUCAAAUCAGCAUAAAUUGUAUUUUUUUCUAUAGAGCAUCUAUUUUUUUCAAAUUAUCUUUAUUUCACUUCAAAUUAUGUAUGAUCUCUUGUGCUUAAUUUUGUUGUUGCUUAAUCUAGAUCAGUAGGAAUCCUGAUGUGUUUAUUAGACCCUGUGGGUCUUCCUUCUAAGUUAAUAUGUUCAAUCUUGCAAGGCCAGGCAAUACAGAAUUGAUUACUGUGAAGGUACAUACUGGCUUGCUGCCAGAGUACCACAUGCAACUGUUUUGUAGUAAAAUCAGGAUUGCUAGCUUUUCAUUCCUGCUUCAGAGUGUGAAAUUUAAACUUCUGUCCUUAAGCAUCCUGAUAGGUGUGUUCUUGCAUACACACCUGCAUUAAAGUGUGUUGUAGUGAAAACUGAUGGCUUGUUUAUGGCUCCUUCCAUGACCCUUAAAUACCCACAUUUAGUUGGAGGCCAAAGCUUUUCAACAUUUUGGGUUGGAUCCUGUCUUAAUUCUAUUUGAAGUAAACCAUUGAAACCAAUGGGACUUAAGUUAGACUAGAAGCAAGGCCAGACUUACAUAAGGUAAGGUCAGAAUCCAAAGAAUUACUUCUGACACAGCUAAGGGCUUGGGCAUGUUCAGCAGUAGGUCUGUUUCCUCUGAGCAGGAGACCCCUUGUAAUUAGCAAUGACUGAAUUUCAACCAUGGUUUGCCAUGUGGCAUCAAGAGCUGAUGUUUGGAAGAAAUGGGUCUGAAGCCCCCUGACCAUGCAGAAAAAAUGGGGCCAUUGUUUUGAUCCCAGCCACGGUAAUUGACUUGUGAAUUCUUUCCAUGGUGUAGGGAGCUUUUGGAGAACGGACAAAUGUGAAAAUGAAAAGACACUGUGAUUUAAAAAUCGUGGGAUUUCUAAAAUAGGGCAGGCAUAAAAAUGCAUAGAAUAAAAAUUAUACAUGUACAAUGUGUUACUGUAGAUUUGAAAUGGAAUGUUUCAUAUGACAUUGUUUUUCCUGGAUGGAAUUGUAUGAUGAAAAAUGCCUUCUUCUGUUUGUUUUAUACUUUUUGGCUUAUUUACAGUUGAUGACCUUGUUGUACAUUGUGGCUUUAUCUAUUGAGUAUCAGUGUCUGUCUUUUGGAUUCAUGUAAAUUAUUCAUGUAAAGUUUUUAUUAAAAGUUGUAGAAAGCA